AUGGUAGAGUUUGCCAUCAACAACUCGGUACAUGCGUCCACGACACAUACACCGUUUUACGUGAAUGGCUUGCGCCAUCCGCGUGUACCCACCUUACUAGAGUGUAACUCUGGUUUAAGGGGGGGAGGGACUCGCGCGAGCAAAAACCGAUUUGGUUCACGCUCAUCACGCUCUGACGAAGAAGUCAUUGCGUUUGAUGCCGAUAUCGAUAACAUCGAUAUCGAAGAAGAUGAUGCCAGUGAGAGUGCGGAAGCCCUCACUGAAGACAAUGAUCCCAGUGAGAGUGCGGAAGCCCUCACUGAAGACAAUGAUCCCAGUGAGAGUGCGGAAGCCCUCACUGAAGAAAAGGUUGUUGUCGCUGCAGUGCGCUCACAGCACACUGAAGCUAACGAGUCAUCAGAUGAGUUCAUACUGGCUCGUGAAACGGUAGUCCGUUUUGUGCAAGACUCCAUCGCCGAAGCGGUGACUUAG